GUUACUUGUCCCCAGAAUAAUGUCCUACUUCGCUUGUCCUUUCUGUCUCGCUUCUCUGGUGCUACUGGGGCCAGACUCUGAGAAAGAGCCAUAACCCGUGAUCUCCAAGCCCCCUAGCUGGGGCGACAGAGGCUGUUCUUGGCUGGAGCCAGCCCUGUCAGAGGGGCGGGGGGCGAGAGGAGAAGAGAGGGAGGAGGGGAGGGGAGGGAAGCCGGGGCGCCCGGGGGGGAAGAAAGGGGGUUUUGUGCGGUGCUCUGGGGCCCGGCUCCGCGCCCUCUUUAUAGCGUCCUCUCCUAGCGCUCGCCCUCCCUCUAGCUCUCACUCUUCCUCUCGUUCUGCAGUCCCCUCUGCAAUCUCCUUCCUGCUGCAGGACCAGCCCCCGGGGGCGCCAAAGUUUGCGGGCUCGGCGCCCCGGGCCCCGGCGCCUCCUUGACUCCCCUCGUCCUUCUCCUGAGAGCAGCCCUGGGCAUGGCACAGAUGCUCCUGCUGCUCCUGACUGCCUUGGUCCAAGCCCCAACUUCCUCAUCUGUGGCCUUCACAGGUGACAGCUCAGAGGAUCAAGCAUUCCGGGUGUCCAUUGGGGGUGACUCACCCCUUCGAGGGGUCCUUGGGGGCUCCAUUACCAUUCCCUGCCACAUCUCCUACCUGAGGCCACCACCCCCAACCCCUCCCCCAGGCCGCAGGGCUGUCCUGGGCUCUCCCAGGGUCAAAUGGACUUUCUUGUCUGGGGGUCGGGAGGCUGAGGUGCUGGUGGCCCGUGGGCUCAAGGUCAAGGUCAGCGAAGGCUACAGGUACCGAGUGGCUCUACCUGGAUAUCCAGCCUCAACCACUGAUGUCUCACUGGUCCUGAGUGAACUGAGGUCCAAUGACUCUGGCUUGUAUCGUUGUGAAGUCCAGCACGGGAUCGAUGAUGGCAGUGAUGCAGUUGAGGUCAAGGUUAAAGGGGUCGUCUUUUUGUACCGAGAGGGCUCUGCCCGAUACGCUUUUUCAUUCUCCCGGGCACAAGAGGCCUGUGCCCGAAUUGGGGCCCGAAUUGCUAGCCCUGAGCAGCUCUAUGCCGCUUACCUGGGUGGCUAUGAGCAGUGUGAUGCAGGGUGGCUAUCAGACCAGACUGUAAGGUACCCCAUCCAGACUCCUCGAGAGGCCUGUUAUGGGGACAUGGAUGGAUUCCCGGGAGUUCGUAACUAUGGCAUGGUGGAUCCAGAGGACCUCUAUGAUGUUUACUGCUAUGCAGAAGAUCUAAAUGGAGAGCUAUUUCUGGGCUCCACCCCAGAGAAGCUGACCUUGGAAGAGGCACGGGCUUACUGCUGGGAACGAGGAGCAGAGAUCGCCACAACAGGCCAGCUUUAUGCAGCUUGGGAUGAAGGCCUGGACCGGUGUAGCCCUGGGUGGCUGGCAGACGGCAGUGUGCGCUACCCCAUCGUCACACCCCGACAGCGCUGUGGGGGAGGUCUUCCUGGGGUUAAAACCCUUUUUCUCUUCCCAAACCAGACUGGAUUUCCUAAUGCACACAGCCGUUUCAAUGUCUACUGCUUCAGAGACCCUGCUCACUCCUCUGUCUCCCCGAGGAACCCCUACCCAGCCUCAGAUGGGCUAGAAACCAUUGUCACAGUGACAGAGACCCUCCAGGAACUUCAGUUACUUCAAGAGGCCACACAGAGUGAGUCUCGAGGAGCAAUCUACUCUGUCCCCAUUUCAGAGGACAACAGGGGGAUCAGCUCUACCCCAGAAGACCCUGAAGAGGCCCCCAAGAUAUUAUUAGAUGGAGACCAGUCAGUUACUCCGCCCAUGCGGUCUUCUGAGGAGGAGGAGCAGGAGGAAGGCGAGAAGGUAAUAGAGGAAGAGGAUGAGGAGGGGCAAGAGGAGGGAGAGAAGGAGGAGGAAGUGGAAGACGAAGCUCCUUCUCAGAUACUAAGUGAGAUCCAGGAAGUAGCCAUAGAGAAUGGCUCUCUCUCCACUGAGCCUACGCGAGAGGAGAGGCUGUCUGAGGCUCCUCUGGUGGCUCAGGUGUCUGUGCAUCAUGGCUCUGUGCCUCCUCCUGGGCGGAAGCCAGAGGGACCCAAGCAUCCAAGAGUCAGGGGGCAAUUCACUGAGACCCUACCAACUCUUGGGGUUAUUGCUCAUGGGGAGGGGAGCCAAGCAUCCCUGCCACCUUCUAUGCCUGUUGGUACUGAAGAAGAACAUGAAGAAGAGGUCGGGGUACCGGAGCUGUCUGGGGGCACUCCUCCCUGGGUCCCCCAUGCAGAAAGUGAUGAAGUGGGGAGCUCUGAAGAGGCACCUGGGCUGUCUCCAACAACUGGGACACUACCAGGAGUGGAGGGGAAAGAGGGGGCAGGGGACAGGGUAGCCCCCCCUGAAGAGGCUCUGGGAAGGACAGCACCUGUGGAGACCUCCGUCAGGGCCCAGCCAGCGCUACCCACUGAAAGCGCAGGCCUGGGAGCUGCGGGGGCUGCAGCCCCCUCACCAGGUGACUGUGUUCCUAGCCCCUGUCACAAUGGGGGGACAUGCUACGAAGAGGGUGAUGGUGUCCACUGCUUAUGUCUACCUGGAUAUGGGGGGAAUUUAUGCGAGAUUGGACUCCGAUCCUGCAGCUCUGGCUGGGAUGCCUUCCAGGGCUCUUGCUACAAGCAUUUCUCAACUCGGAGGAGCUGGGAAGAGGCUGAGACUCAGUGCCGGCUUCAUGGGGCCCACCUAGCCAGCAUCAGCACUCCUGAGGAGCAGAACUUCAUCAACAAUCGAUACAGAGAAUACCAGUGGAUUGGGCUGAAUGACAGAACCAUUGAGGGAGAUUUCCUGUGGUCAGAUGGAGUUCCUUUGCUUUAUGAGAACUGGAACCCAGGGCAACCUGACAGCUACUUCCUAUCUGGAGAAAACUGUGUGGUUAUGGUCUGGCAUGACCAGGGACAGUGGAGUGAUGUUCCCUGCAACUACCACCUAUCCUAUACUUGCAAGAUGGGGCUGGUGUCUUGUGGACCACCCCCAGAGCUGCCCUUGGCCCUGGUCUUUGGCCGACCAAGGUCCCACUAUGAAGUGGACUCUGUGCUGCGCUAUCACUGCCAGGAAGGGCUGGCCCAGCGUAAUUCUCCCUUGAUCCGGUGCCUUGAGAAUGGCCAGUGGGAGCACCCUCAGAUUUCCUGUGUACCUAAACGACCCCCUCGAGCCCAGCUCCGGAGGACAGCUCUGAAGGAGCGACAGGCAGCUAGGAGGGCUGGAGGAUGCCGGGGAACAGGUGGCCACUGCUGACCCCUGUACCAGGCCCCAGGACACCUAGUUCCCACCUACUCUCUUCAUCCCUCUUUCCCUCCCUUUCUCCUGUCGGGGCAGGGCCUCGAACAUGUGGUUCAGGGCAGGGACCCCUAAUCUCAAUCACUCCCCCACCAUCAACACCUCCACCCUAUAGGCAGCUCCUUCUUUGGUGCUUUUCUUAGUAUUCCCCCUUGGGGUCACUGGAUGUGACAUUGUAGCCAGGGUGGCCUUAGAGCAGGGAGUAAUAUCAUGAAUAGGGACCAGCAGGAAUUGACCAGAAGUCCUGGUGGACCAGAAGUGACCUCAUUGCCCCUGUCAGGCUGCUAAGGAAAGGGGCCAAUCAAACCUUUCCUGCUGCAUGGUCACCGGGACCUCCCUAUUCUCACUGGAGUUAUACUUCCCUAGUUACAUCAGUCAGUCUCCAAGUGCCUCUGUCUACUGCCCCCCACACCCUCAGCCCUUCCUCUCCACUGCCUUUGGAGGCCUGGUCUUCCCUUACUCUUAAAAGGACAAGACUCAGCUAGGUAUAAAGUGGAAUCUGUGGGGUUGGAUGGGUUCCCAGCAUGGGGGCAUUGGUCUAAGAGCCCUCAAGAGGAAAACAGGCAAUAAAAAACCUAUUCGACAUUAA